AGAGCGCUGUCCGCGUCGCCCCGGCCGUCUUCCGCUCAUACGCUACCGCGAAAGCCGCCGCUUCGGAGGUUUCUUCCAUCCUUGAGUCCCGCAUUGCCGGUACUUCCAUAGGCGGAAAUGUCGAGGAGACUGGCCGUGUCCUUAGCGUCGUUGACGGUAUCGCGCGCGUUUGGGGCUUGAAGAACGUCCAGGCCGAGGAGAUGGUGGAAUUCUCUCCGGUGUCCGUGGCAUGUGCUUGAACUUGGAAGCCGACAACGUCGGUGUCUCCAUCUUCGGUAACGAUCGUCUCAUCAAGGAGAGUGACACCGUCAAGCGUACCGGCCAGAUCGUCGACGUCCCCGUCGGCCCUACUCUCCUCGGUCGUGUCGUUGACGCCCUCGGCAACCCCAUCGACGGUAAGGGCCCCAUUGAGGCCACCCAGCGUAGCCGUGCCUCGCUCAAGGCGCCCGGCAUUCUCCCUCGUCGCUCGGUGAACCAGCCCAUGAUGAUUGGUAUCAAGCCCAUCGACGCCAUGGUGCCCAUUGGUCGUGGUCAGCGUCGCGCUCGCGCUGCUUCCACCCCCCGUCUGCCGUUUGCCCAUUGCCGAGCGGUUGCCGCCGACGCGGUUUCGCUCGGCGCAGCUUCCACCACCACCGCUGCCGUCUGCCCCUCCCCGCGUGCGAGCGGCCCACGCGGUCUCGCUCAGCGCCGCUUCUACCCCCGCACCUGCCAUUCGCCCAGUACCAAACGCGAGUCGCCAACGCGAUCGCGCUCGGUGUCGUCUCCUCCUCCCGCCCUCUUUCACUCAAUGCCGAGUGCAAACCGCCAAUGCGGUCGCGCUUGGCGCAGCUUCCCUCCCCUCCCGUUCGCUCAGCCCGGAGCGCGCACUGCGUAUGUCUUCCGCUCAGCGUCCCCGCUGCGCCAAAGCACCCACCUCCAUGGUGCCAGAGCGCUCGACAUCUGCUGCGCCAACGCGCUUGCCCGAGCCCGAGCCCGCGUGUUUGUCCCGGACUGCGCCAAUGCGCUCAACGCGUCCGCCUUCACCUGCGUCAACGCGACCGGCUCCGCUGCGCCAAUGUGCCUGAUGUUUGCUGCGCCAAUGCGCUUGCUCCGGACUGCGCCAAGCCCGCUGCCUUGCCAUCCCCCACCCGGUGCACCCGUGCUCGACCCCAACCUGCCUUCAGUGCUAGACUCUGCGGCAGUGCCGUGCUCCAUCCCGCCUUGCCGCCGUGCUUGAUCUACCCAGCUGCCAUGCUUGACCCUGCCUCGCCUCCCAUGCUUGAAGCUGCACAUCUCUCAUGGUCGAAGGCACGUGUUUCCCGUACUCGAAGCUCCCGGCAAUGGGUGACGCUCGGUCUCUCGCCCGCUGCUCCCGACCUGCUUUACUCGUGCCCCACUCAAUGCCACUCUGGCACCCCACGCUCGGGGUGUGCCGCAGUUGAUUCGACAUGCUCAUCGCAGCAGGCUUGACGCACAUGCCACGGGCGGCUGAACUCUAACCAUAGAGUUUAUUGUAAUGUAAUACAUCAAUGCCAUCUGUUUUGGCUCCCCAUGAGAUAUGGCACAAUAAGAAGAAGAUUGAAUCACACAUAUGUAUACAGAUUCCUGCACAAUGUAAUUAUAAU